AUGGAUCCUCGAUCGCACCCUUCGCGGCCUCCCUCCACCAGCCUGCCCCAGGGCUCCACGCCGCUCUCCUCGACUCCCAUCUCGAGUAUGCCUAUGCCGCAGUACUCGAUGCAGCCUCAGUAUCCGGUGUCGCAGCCGCAUACUCUGCCUCCCCUCCAGCCGCACCACACUCAGUCGCCCGCGCCGCAUCCGUACAUGGGCCAGCCGUACCGGCCUGACCUGUCGCGGUUUCCCGCGUCUACCCACGACGUGUACGGAGCGUCAACCGCCCCGAUCAUGCCGCACACGACUGUCGGUAGCCAUUCGCCAUCGUACCUGAGCCACCCUAACCACUCACAGGCACACCCUUCUCAGUCCUACCCGCCUCCUCCCACAAGUGUGCUGCCUCCCGCGUCGACCGCGCAGAGCUACCCGCAGCCCAUCGCGCCCGCGCCCCCGCGCGACCGCCGCGAUUUCAAUGGCAUGCCCUCCGGUGCCUUCAGCUACUCUGAUGGCAAGUCCUGGGGAAUGAGCCCUGAAGUCAACGGCGCCAACGGCUCCCCUUACGGAAAGGAACAGCCGCGCACGCAGGUCGUGGGCUCCCAGGGCCGCCGUGGUAUCCUGCCGAGCGUUCCGGGCCGUGCAACUCCGGUCUCGAACGGCGUCAAUGGUGCUGCUAAGAGCACUACCAUCCCAGCCAAGGAUGCGGAUGGCAAAUUCCCUUGCCCGCACUGUAACAAGACCUAUCUUCACGCCAAGCACCUGAAGCGCCAUCUGUUGAGACACACCGGUGACCGACCCUACAUGUGUGUUCUCUGCAAGGAUACCUUCUCUCGCAGUGAUAUCUUGAAGCGCCACUUCCAAAAAUGCUCGAUCCGCCGGGGCAACCCAACGGGCGCGACUCACUUGUCGCACCCCCAAGCCCAUCUGAAGCGGUCCCAGCAGCAAGCUGCUCAGGCUGCGGCGGCUAACCCCGCCAAGCCUCUUCAGGAUGAGGUUAGUAACACCGUCCCGGUCUCCAAUGGUGUGAUGGGCGGACAAUUCGGCGAUGGGGCCGUGAAUGGCAACGGCAUGGCCCAUGGCCAUCAGCAGCAUCUGGGAUUCACGAUGUCGCCUGUCAACGGCAUGAACCGUCCUCAUGAAGACGCGUUCGCCGGUCAGGCCUCGCGAGCCUCCUGGAUGGCUGCGCCCAAGCAGAAUCCGUACCUCAUGCAGCAUGGUGCCGACCCUAAUGGACAACAACUGAGUGUUGAUCGUUCUCAUGAACAGGAGUCGAUCCACGCCCCCGUUGAUUCCGACCGCAAAUUCUACCCCGCUACGACCGCGGGCGGCCCCGAGGGCGGUAUGAACGGACUGUAUCUGGCCUCAACUACUAUGGGCGGUGAUGGUACCGUCCUGCCUGCUCGGCAGUAA